UCAGUUGUAGCUCUAAGCUCAAGCUGUGAAGAUGAACAAUGUGCGGUGUCUCUGUCUAAGUCUCAGUUUGCUUUUUUUACUCGGAAACGCUCAGGCUGAUUGCGCGCUAAAUGCAAAUGAAUUAACACAGACGAGUCGGGUUUUCGCCACACACGAUGGUUCGAGCUAUCAACUGCUACGCAAGGGCUUGGUUCCCAACAAUGCUAGAGUAUAUUCGAUUUGCCAUGCAGCUGACAUAAUACUCUCCACCUGCACUGCAAACAGCUUCAACCCACCACUGGCCACAGCUGGUUGCAGCCAAUCUGUAAGCCCAGUCGUGGAGGCAAUCGCUGAUUCUAGUUGCUCCUACACCAUGUAUCGUGUGGGCUAUAAUGUCGAAAAUGUAGCGUUUCUAGAGAUCUAUAGAAGUUGCUACGAUCGGGCGAAUGUGAAAGCGCUUUUUACGAUUUACAUGGCCCACACAAGCACCUCGGACGUGGAUCGUCAGAUACAUUUCACAACUGACCGCAUCAUCUCUGGAGCAGCUGCCAGCUCGUUUCUGAAUCCCAAGAUAUAUGAAAGAUACAAUCGACUCUUGACCUCCGCCCAGACUUAUUUUACAAAAGGCGCGAAUAUGUACGAUCGUGGCCAUCUCACACCAUCGCUUGACUUUGCCUUCAAGGAGAGCAGAGGACAGACAAACAAAUACAUCAACUUGAUACCACAGUUCAGUACAAUCAAUCGCGGCAACUGGAAAACCAUCGAGAACUGGGUGCGACGACAGCUGUCUGAAGGACACUUCGAUGUCCUAAAAGUAUGCACUGGUGUCUUUGGAGUGCUCGAACUGUCCGCGGGAAACGUUGAAAUGUUUCUGUUGGACAACCCAAACAGGAAUCCCGUUCCCAAAUGGAUAUACAAAAUUGUAAGCCACAUAUCGGGCGCACACUUUGUAUUCCUCACCUACAACAACGCACACGCAACCACACGGCCGAUGGGGCAAGUCGUGUCCAGCGUUUGCCGAGAAGUUCCGUGCCAAAACUUGGGUCUAAGUGUACGGAACGAGGGCACGGCAGGAUACACCUUCUGCUGCGACCCUUACGAUUUUAUUGCUAGAAACCUACCACAUUUAACGGGAGUUUGCUGAGCCUGUGAAAGCUUUGAAGUCUGGUUUGUAAACCAAGUUUGGAACAUGGCUAAAAAGCUGCGAAAGUAUUUGGUGGCAAAAUAAAGCGUUCUAUUCGUAGACUUAUAGA